AUGGGCGCUCUGGAGCCGGCCGCCGGAGCCCCCCGCGCCGCCCUCCCCAUGCUCAGCGGCGCCGCCAGCUUCGCCAAGGAGCCGCCGGGCGCCCGGGACGCCGCCGCCGCCGCCGCCUACUACGGCGAGCCCGGGGCCCCGGAGCCGCCCGUCCCGCCGCUGCCCUACGGCGCGCCCCCCGUGCCCGGCGGCUUCGGCGGCGGCGGCGGCCGCUUUCUCGGGCCGUGCCCGCCCUACCGGGCGCCGCCGCCCGCCGCCGCCCCGGCCGCGGGGACCGGUUACGCGGCGGCGGCGGGCGAGGGCUACGCGGGCGCGGAGCUGUACGGGGGCGCGGAGGGCGCCUACGGCCCCGGCGGAGCCCCCGCGCUGUGCCCCCGCGCCGGGCAGCUCUGCGCCCUGCCCGGGUACCGGGCGGCCGGCAAGGUGCAGGUGAUGCUCAACAACUUCCCGCUGUGGGCCAAGUUCCACAAGCACCAGACCGAGAUGAUCAUCACCAAGCAGGGCAGGCGCAUGUUCCCGUUCCUCAGCUUCAACCUCUCAGGGCUCAACCCUGUGGCCCACUACAGCGUCUGCGUGGACGUGGUGCUGGUGGACCAGCACCACUGGCGCUACCAGGGCGGCAAGUGGGUGCAGUGCGGCAAGGCCGAGGGCAACAUGCCAGGGAACCGCCUCUACCUGCACCCCGACUCGCCCAACACGGGCGCACACUGGAUGCGCCAGGAGGUCUCCUUUGGGAAGCUGAAGCUCACCAACAACAAGGGCGCAGCCAACAACGUCGGACAGAUGAUCGUGCUGCAGUCGCUGCACAAGUACCAGCCCCGGCUGCACGUGACGGAGGUGAAGGAGGGCGAGGGCGAGGCACCGUGCCCCUCCCCGCACACCCACACCUUCGCCUUCCCCGAGACCCAGUUCAUCGCCGUCACAGCCUACCAGAACGCUGACAUCACCCAGCUGAAGAUCGACCACAACCCCUUCGCCAAAGGCUUCCGGGACAACUUUGACUCGAUGUACGCGGCCUCGGAGGGCGACCGCCUGACCCCGUCUCCGCCGGACGCCCCCGGCUGCCCCCAGCUGCUGCCGGGCCCCCGCUUCCAGCCCUUCCUGCAGGAGCAGUACCCGCUGCCCCCCGGGCGCUUCUACAACGGGGAGCGGGGGCCCCCGCUGCCCCUGCCCCCCAAGGACCCCCCCCGCUGGUACUUUGCCCCCCAGCAGCCGCCCGCCGGGGCCCUGGAGUUCGGCGGCUACGAGGGGGGGUACGGCGGGGGCAAGCUGGUGCCCUACGGGGUGAAGCCCUUCGCCCUGCCGCCUGCCACCCACCCGCCUCUGCCCUACUACCACGAGGGGCCGGCGGCUUUCGGGGGGCCGGGGGCCUGGGGCCCCGGGCAGUACGUGCCCAAGGGCAGCCCCGGGACCCUGGGCUGGUACCGGGAGCCCCGGGAGGAGAAGUGCAAGGAGGCGGAGGGCUGGACCCCCGAGCCCCCCGUUGCCAAGCCCGGCGAGGCCGCGGAGCCGGGGCUGUACGAGGCGGGCUGCAAGCGGCGCCGCGUGUCCCCGUACCCCUCCAGCGCCGAGAGCUCGCCCCGCCCGCAACGGGGACCUCUACGACAAGGAGCCGGGCGCUGACGGCAGCUACUACGGCUUCUACGGGAACUGAGCCACGGCGGUGGGGAGGACACAGACCCCCCCCCCCCCCCCCAAUCCAGGCACCCCAAGAAAUGUCGGGCACCCCAGAGCCAUGGCAGCAAAAACCCUUCAGGGGCUGGAGCCAAGCCCCGCGCAGGGCAUCCUUGA